CUUCCCCCUAUUCUUCCUGGAGGAGAAAGAGGCGUCCUCAGUGGCUCACCGCCCCCUUAAACGGGGCUCGAGAACGGGUCGACACGUGCUUGUUGGAACCCGGCGCACCUUGGCCGGUCCCUGCUAAACUCCAGUCAACGGGGAUGGUGUUCUCGAGCCCCCGAUCUGGGGUUGUUUUUCUUCUUCUUCUGUGUGCAAUCACGGUCUGCGGGGGCCCUGCCCUUGGCCUCCCCUGGGGUUUCUCGACGUGGUUUCGCGGCCACCACGGUUGGAUGCCAAAAGGGCGAGUGGUGGGGGCACAUGAUACCGUAAAUGAUAGCGGUUCAUUUUUUUCCGAAAUGAGACGCCCCGUCCAAGUAUAAAAGUCCCAGAGCAUCCCCUUCGCCGUUUUAACGUGGGGCCCACGGUUACGUUAGGAUCCAGAAUUUUCGUUCCUUAAUUACUUUGACUCCACGCAGCCACUACUUUUCGUCACUUAUGGGGAGACAGCGUCAUUCGACUAAGCAGUGGACUGAGAGCAGGCAAGUUACAGCGUUCAAGCCUACUUCAAAGCUGUGAGGAAUAACUAAUAAAACCUGAACUGUGGACGAGAAUGUUGGGGAGGAUCUCAAGCUGGUGCCAUUGAACUAGACAUUCUUGAAUAAAAUUUGGGAAGAAAAUGAAUGUAUCUGGAAUUGCACAAAGAGUAGAAACUUGGCUUUCAGCUACAUGGCAUGUUAAAGUACCUGGGGCCUGGCUGGAUGCUUGUAUUAACUGGAUCCAAGGAGAAAAUGGUAUUAAUUUGACUCAAGCUCAGAUGAACAAACAAGUCUUUGACCAGUGGCUAUUUACCGACCUGCGAGAUUUGGAAUUUCCUCUUUUACCUAAUGACAUUUUAAACUUUCCAAAAGGGGAACUGAAUGGUUUUUAUUCUCUACAGUUGAAUACAGUAAUCGAUAUUAGUCAACCUGCAUAUUCCCAGUUACAGAAAUUGCGAGGAAAGAACACAACGAAUGAACAAGUCACAGCUGAGACCCAAGCACCCCCAAAGCCCUGGGAAGUAAAGCCUGAAAGGGUGUUAAUGCUGCAGAUUACUGACGGGGUAGUACAAAUUCAAGGCAUGGAAUAUCAACCCAUUCCUGCUCUUCACAGCAGUCUUAUUCCAGGGACAAAACUUCUCCUUCAUGGAAGAAUUGAGUACCGCCUUGGUAUUCUUUUGCUUAAACCAGAAAAUGUGAAAGUGUUAGGGGGGGAAGUGGACAUCCUUCUAAAAGAAUAUGCUCAGGAAAGGGUCUUGGCAAGAUUAAUUGGCGAACCAGAGCCCCCAGACCCAGUUAGUUCAGAUAAUAAGCCAGACAAUUCUGAGCCCAUGGUUAGAUCAGAACAGGUUUUAGAACCGUCAGAUGAAGAACUUCUGGCGAGUUUAGAAAACUCUGAUGGGUUUGUGGCAAUGAGUACCAGUGACGCCUCCAACCCUGUGAGACCACUUUUGAUUGAUGAAAGGUCCAAGCAAGGAUUUGCAGUCAGCUUAUCAAGGGUGGAGACUCUCAUUCCAUCUUCAAACUUCUCCGAUGGAAAUUCAGAUGACUUUUCAUUAGAGGAAGCCCUGCUGUUACAGGAGGCUGUCGAGAAAGAACGCCUACAGGUUGAGGGAGAACAGCCAGUAGCCGGAAACAGAAGUGUCGACAAACCCGAGUGGAGAGUUUCACCCCAGCCUAGUAUUUCACAUGAUUCUUCGAUUUACACAGCUAAGGAGAGUGGGUGGAAUGAAAGGAUUGUGCCCGAUCUCGUGCAAGCUAAAUCCUUUGAGUAUCCAUCUGCUAGAGAGAAGAUUGGUAGCAGCGUUUUGGCAAUUAAGAGUGACAUGCAACAACCCCAGGAUUCCAUAAUUAAAACUCAGGGGGUAGAGAAGUGUAAGGAGACAGAUAAAGUCAUCGGCAAUCCAACGGAAUACAUUUUAAAUGAUGAAGAACCAGAUACAGAGCCGGUUAAUCUUGUCCCAGGAAAAUCUUCACAGAUUAAUGUUCACCAUGAUCACCACAAACUAGUUUAUUCUCUUCAGUCAUCAGAGAGCAACACUAGUCCUGCUGUAGAUUUGGAUUCUCCACCUUUUACCUAUAUUUUUCUUCUACUUGCCAAAAAGCCAGACCAAAUUACAACAAUAAAAGUCAAAGCAUUUAUUGUUACCCUAACUGGAAAUCUCAAAUGUUGCGAGGGGUUUUGGAGUUUAACAGCCAAAAUCUCUGAUGGUACCGCAUAUCUCGAUGUAUAUUUUGCAGAUGAAAUACUAACAAGUCUAAUUGGUUUUUCAGUAAUGGAAAUGAAACAGUUUAAGAAAAAUCCCAGUCUUCAUCAAAAAUUGAAGAAGGCCUUAGAGCAGUGUCAAAGAGAACUGAUAGAUCUUUGCUGUGUGAUGACCAUUACAUAUAAUCCCUCAUUGGAUAAAGCUAAGGUAAUUGCUCUACGUGAUGUUAAUUUGAAAGACCUAGAAAACUUAAAGAAGCGUUUGAAUAAAUAAUGGGGCCUAAAAAGUACUACCAGAAAGUGGUCAUUGAGGGCAUAGCUAUUGAGAUCUUGAGGGUUCCGUUUAAAAAUCAAGUGGCACCUUUUCCCAUAAUUUCAAAAAUCAGAAAAAGGAUUGUGGGAAAAACAGCGUCUGCCGAAUAAAAUGUUAUCACUUAAUUUCAGUGUCAUUUAGAAGAUCCAGUAUUUCAUGUUUAUUUGGGGGAAAGUCACUGGAAUCCAAAGAGACAUGAGAUUUGAACCUGGAAACUGGAGCUCAAAUUUCUGGGAGGGGAUCCUUCCCUAUAACAUUUCAUUCCUAAUGGUGGCUAAGAUGUUAUCAUUUGUCCAGCCAUGGAGCAUACUACUGGAAUUUGACCAUUAUAAUGAGUAGUGUCAACAUGAAUAUUUGCAACAAAUAAUGCUUUGCAAUAUAAUGUGCGUCUAAUAAAUUAUAGUUGGGUUUUUGGACAAAUUGCAACUUCAUGUCCUGUAGAUACUUGGAAUAGUUUGAAUAUGGAUGAGUUUGGAGAGCCUCCUGAAUUAUUUAAAUAUCAUUUUGGAGGAGUCUUAUACCUUGCAUUGAAGGACUAUAAGGCUAAAAUUCAGGAAGUGUUAGCUGAGCUGAAUCUAGUUAAUAUAAGCUUUGUUCCUGUCUCCAAUUACAAGUUGCUGGUAUGUGAGAAUGCCUUCAUUUCAUAAAAAGUACUGCUUGCUUUGCACAGCAGUGGUUCGUGGUUUAUUUCAUUAGGGUUUUUUUUUUUGCUUUUCAAAGUACUUUAGCAAAAAUGUAUUUAUUAAAUAUUUCCAAUAAAUUACCCAUUUUAAAUAAUUUUUAAACUCUAUUUUUCCAUAGAAUAUUAAAAAAUUUCUGUGUGAAGUGUUUUUGAAGGACUAUUAACCUUGAACGGUAAAUAUUUUUACAAUACACUUAUUAAAAUACUUAAAGCAUUGUGGUUUAGUGCAGAAGUAACUAAAGAAGUAUCUGCCCUGAUUCUUUAUUCCUACAUUUUGCCUUUCUCAUGCCCUCUUGUAAAUAUUAAACAUAAGACAUCUAUCACCACUCGUGAA